UUGAGCAUUGCUGUCACUCCAGUGGUGUCGUUAAAUAUGAAAGACAUCCCUAUAUCGAAUAAAGAGCCAAAAUGAACAUUUGAUGCUGAGAGUUAUUUGGCAAGGUGUCGAAUUACUGUAUUGGUGAGUGCUAAAAUGACCAGGUGCCGAUUAGACUUCCACCCCAAAACAACGCACUGACUUCCGUUACAUUGCACAUGCGUGGAAAGGAGUGUUGGUUGUAGCUAACAGAGACCGGCAAGCUUGUAUUUUUCAAAAAGAUCAUCAAGAUGAAUGGUACAAGACUGGUUACAUGCAGUGCAAGAUGUAUGAGAGCUGCAUCUCUGCAAGUGUCAAGACCACUGGCCAAUGCUGCUGUGGCUCAAAGAUGUGAGGCAAGAUGGUUCAGAACAACUGCAACUCGAGAAGACAUCGAUCAGGCUGCAAAAUACAUAGGUGCAGGGGCUGCAGCAGUAGGAGCAGCUGGAUCUGAUCUUUCUAGUGGUACCAAGAUAUUUGCCCUUGUGACCUUGGCCAUCUUCGGAAUUGGCCAUUAUCAGGGGCAUUUGUGUUUCACAAACACAUCUUGUUCAGGAAUGGAGUGUUCGGAAAGGUCUGGAAUUGGUACAGUGUUUGGAAGCUUGAUAAUAGGAUAUGCCAGGAAUCCAUCAUUAAAAAAUAAUUUGUUCACGUAUGCUGUCCUGGGAUUUGCAUUAUCAGAAGCCAUGGGCCUGUUUUGUUUCUUGUUGGCAGCUGGUAUUCUAUUUGCUUUCUAAAUUACAAAUCUAGAGACUGUUAGCAUGAAAGAAAGCAAAAUUUAGUAAGAGUGUGAAUAUUGGAAUAAAAAAAAGUCUUCUCUUAA